CAGAGUAGCGGAUUUUCUACAUUGUACAGCUAUCCAAUGCAUGCAUUCAUAACACACGUGACGUUAUAAACCGCAAAAUACUACACUAUAAUAUUGUUGCAUAAGCAUAAGCGUGCAUUCUGUCAAUUAAAACCCGCAGUGGACUAUUUACUAAGUGAUAUCAAACCAGAGGUGGACAUUGUAACAAAAUCAUCUCUAAACAACAAAACCAAAAUGACGGAUUUACUCCAGCCGAUGGACACUACCGCUACCAUACCACAGCGGCGAAAGAGAAAUAGCGAGGGGAAGAAGACCGGCAGCGGGUCUCCAUAUACCUCCGUACCCCUUCCCCCGUGUAAAGUAUGUGGAGGAAAUGCGACCGGGUAUCAUUUUGGUGUAAUCACAUGCGAGGCUUGCAAGGCGUUUUUCCGCCGAGCGUUGCUUCAUAAACAUAACUACAAGUGUAUCAAGGACGACAACUGUGAAAUUACUGACAAGAAACUUGGAAACUGCUCCGCUUGUCGUCUUAGAAAAUGCUUUGACAUAGGCAUGUCUAAAGGAGGUGUACGUCGCGGACGUUAUUCUAUUGCUAUCCGGACGCAAGCCAUACUUGAAGCGAAAGCUCGAGAGGCAGAAACUACCGUCUCGGAACUUGUACCAGUCAAGAAACAGCGCCUAGACUCGACAGAAGAGAACAAUUUAGACGCUUCACCUGAUUCAGGAAUAGCGCUUGACGUAUUUGACGGACUCCUAGACUUAGAUCUCACCGAAUUCACUAUUACGGUUGAGGACAUCAAACAGGAAGUGAAACCAGUUUUUGUAGAGAAUCACGAGCUAGAGUUUCUGAUUGACGCAAUAAUGUCGUGUCAAGAGGCUGUAUAUCCAAAUCUCAAGAAACACUACAAGUACGCUCGUGUGAUGGAACAACAGCACUACAAGCUAUAUGAGCAGUUUACACUGAAAGAAGAAGUGUUUGGCGACCUGUUCGGGACUCAGACUAAUUUUGUCUCUACGGAGGAGUAUCAACAGAUAUUUGCUGAGACCGGCCUUGAUCUGGACGAUCGAUUGACAGUGUUUAACAAUAAAGGGAAGUCGAUGGAAGAAAAUAUCGCCCAAUAUGUCAACUUCGCUAAACUGGUUCCAGGUUUUAAGACUUUAAAUCCAAAGGACGUCUCUAAACUUUUAAAAGCUGCACAUAUGGAAUUCUACAUGCUUGGAAACUAUAUGUUGUGUAAUGGGAAACUAGGGGUGUGUAGUAGCUCUGAUGGAACAUCACAAGUAAGGAAAGAUGACAUGGUUAAGUUCUUUGACAAAGAGAUCCUCGACACCAUCCUGGAGUAUUCUGACAGAAUUAAAUUGCUGAAUCUAACAUUAGAGGAGAUAGCCCUUGUCAGAUUGAUCGCUCUUACGUAUACAGAUCGCUGUAUCUUGUCUGACCCACAGAGGAUCCAACAUCUUCAAGAGAAAUAUGUUGAAUGUUUGCAGUACUAUCUAAGUAAGACCAGCCAAAACCCCGGACAACGCAUCUACCAACUGUUUAACUUGCUGCUGUCACUGCGCGACGUCACUCAUCUAAAUGUCAAAGCAAACAAAAAAUUCUUAAACGAAUGGGACUUUGUUAUGCACGAUUAUCCAUUGUGGAAAGAAAUGCUCUCAUAUGACGGCGAGUGACCAUGACGUCAUCACGUGAUCGUCUACCGGAUGACAUAAUCAGGCUUCUAGACCACGAGUGUAUGUCCACUGCCCACUGUCCUGAUUGUAGUCAUUUGUAAAUGUGACAAGAUAGGGAGAUCAUAGACAAUUAUUGUCUUUUUUGUAGGAGAGGUGUUAUAAGCAUUUUGCGCAGUAGUUUUAUUCAUAUUUUGAAUAGGAAAAGGUCAGAAUGCCUUUUGUACAGAAGUAAAUGAUACUUUUGAUCUAUUAAGCACUGAAUCUAAAACUAUUACAGGGUAAAAAUGCUUCGGACUACUGCAAGUCACCAGAAAAAUAGAUUAUUCUACUGCUGUUGAGUAACAGUUUUGUACUGUAUGAUUUUAUAUUUACUGUUGAAACAGUGUUGACUGCAUUGUAUGUAAUUUCAUGCUGUUCUUAUAUAUAUAUAUAUAUAUAUAGAUUCUAUACGAAGUUACUUUGUACUGUUGUAUCAUAUAUAAUGUUUAUUUACAAAUACUAUGUAUUUGUUAUAGGGAUUGUGCGUUUAGCAAGUGUUAUGCAUUGGUGAAAUAUUUUGUGAUCUCAGAUUUAACUUUUUCAGAUACUUUAGUUUUUUUCGUUGACCUUUCAUAUACGUGCACUAUUAUACACAAUGUAUGCUGUGUCAAUGUACUCUACUUGUGAUGUAGUAAAGUAGACGUUUAUGAAGUAGCUGUUGUGCUGGAUGCCAAGUUAAAUUCUAUCUAUUAAAUUCUUUAUAAAUCA